AUGCCUGGCAUCACCCGUAGUCCCACCGCUCGUCGCGCCACUCUGGGUGCGGUACCGGCCCGUGCGCCUGGCAUUGUCCUCGUGGUGAACCACGAAUCGGCUUCCGACUUUGUGCUGGCAACUGGCUACAUCCUCCAACACCACCAAAUGCGAGCCAAUAUGAUUUUACCUUACGCCGUCACCUACCAAGCCAAAGAAGGCAAUGGCAAAUCGAUCCCGACGGCUCAUGACAGCAAACAGUGGUUGAGGGAGCGCCUAUCUUCCAUUUUGGCUCAGCAAGCACGUGCAUCAGGGGGCGAGGGAGCUUUCCCCGUUUAUCGCGAAGCCUACUGGAUGUCCGUAUGGUCGGUCAAUGCUGGCGUGACGUCUUUAGACUUUGCGCUCGCUUGCGUUGGCAAGAAGCCACUGUUUCUCUUCUCACCCAAAGAGAAGUCCGAAUUCACCGACGACUUCCUCCAGCCAAGGAUGAGCGCCCUUGCCAGUCGCAUACUUCAAGUCAUUCCGUCCAAACGGGUCUUUUCCAUAUUCGGUCCCACUCGCCCCAUUCGCAGCUUUUCUGCUAUAUGGGCUCACAUCAGCGGCCAUUCCAUCUACAUGGACCGCUCGACGCGAGCAAUCCAGCCAUUCUAUCACGCCUCUUACACCUUCUGCACCUCUCAGACUUUUAGUGGCGCUCGGGCUCUCCCACCGAACCAUCGUGUGCGAUUGGCCGAUGCGAGUCACAUACUGAAGGCUGCACCCCUGUGCGAAGAAUUUGCGAAUGACUCCGUCAUCUUCCCACUUUCACCAGAGGGUGCAAUCGAAGAAGCGGCUGAUAUGAUUGCGAAGCGUCAACUUUGGGUCUAUGAGAUCUUCGACGCUAGAACCCAGAGCGCGGAAGUUGUUUCCAUCGUCGCAGUUACCCGGGACUCUGAUGAUGUCGCUGCGAUUUCCAAAGUCUUCACUUCUCCCCAGUGGCGUGGCAAGGGCUUUGCUCGCAGCAUCGUUGCCAUUGUUUGCCGAGAAGUGCUCCAAUACAAGAGCCGGGUCGUUCUCUACGUUGCUCAUGAUAACCCGGCUGCGGCAACUGUGUACGGGCGUGUUGGAUUCGUUGGGGUUGGUGAGAACCCGCCGCAUCCCGAGGUCGAUGACUGGAUAGAGUUUGGUUUCAACAACACUGUGCGUGGAUAUUGGUGAACUGGAACGCGCUCAGCCAAUACGACGGGGCCAUCUAACGAACAUAUCUAUUUAUCCACUUGCUUAAUGUUAAUCAAAAGCGACCUAUACCGUCAGCCACUUGUAGUUUUAGUAUUAAAAAGACUACCUAUCGUAGUAAUAAUGUGGCUCCCGCAGCUAGGACUAUUUUGCACAUACAAUCCUAUCUACUUCAAACCCG